CAACACCAGACAUAGACGAGGAAAUAAAGCAAAGUGAUCCAUUGAACCAGAGUGUUUGCCCUCUCAUAAUUACAUCGAGCUUUUCCCUUUUUUCACCCUCCCCCUGCUUCUUUUUUUUUUUUCAUCACUCUUUGAGACUUCGGGGCUAGUGGUAAUUAGCCAGAAGAGAAUAAAACCAGCUGAUCGGGAGAGGGGUGGUGCAUUUUGGAGCGAGAUGGCUAACAGAAACAUUCUGUUGCUCUUCUGUGGACUCUUCCUCUUAGCACUGAUUCAACCCUCUCUUCAAGGAGGUGUGUAUCUACCACCUGGUGCUGGGUUAGGACCAGGAGGCGGUGGAACAGGAACUGGAUUCUUUCCAGGGGCUGCUGGAGGGUUCCCUGCGGGCUAUAAACCAGCUAAAGCUGCAGGAGGUUAUGCAGGAGGAGGUGGAGGCCGAGGCGUAUUCGUGCCAGGGGCAGGUGGCCAGGUCAUUGCAGGAUUGCCAGCAGGACAAGGUGGAAAGGCCCCUAAACCAGGAUAUGGAAAUCUAGGAGGUGGCGGCCUGGGGCCUGGAGGCUAUGGAGGAGGUGGCUACGGGGGCUACUAUCCGGGAGCUGGAUCAAAGGCUGCUAAAAGCGGGGUUGGAGGACCAGGAGGAGGUCCUGGAGUCACUGGAACUGGACCCGGACUGCCUGGUGGAGCACCUGUUAUUCCUCAGACCGGCCUUCCUGGAGGUGGUGGCGCAGGAAAAAAAGCUGCCAAAGUGCCAGGUGUGGGUGUACCUGGCCUUUAUCAAGGUGGACUGGUGCCUGGACAAGGGUUUGGUGGACGUGGAGUUCUGCCUGGAGUGCCCACUGGGUCUCAACUCAGUCCCAAAUCAAUUGCAGGAGGAGGAGGAGGACAGCAAGGUGUCCGUGGGUAUGGGGGACCAAUGCAGCCAGGAGUGUUCCAUGGAUACCCCCUCAAAUCACCCAAAGUGCAAGGUGCCUAUGGAGCAAAAACUGCAGGUGGAAAACUUGCGUAUGGUUAUGGCGGCUUUAAUGUUGCACCUGGACUGCCAGGAGUGCAAGGUGGCCCUGGGUCGAAGCCAGGAUAUCCUGUUGGAACUGGAGUGGGACUUGGGGUCAUUUCACCUGGUCAGGCUGGUACUGGAGGCUUUGGAGCUGGUGGUGGUGGCUUUGGUGGCACUGGUGGACUGUAUCCAGGCCAGGUGUCAGGAGGGUAUGGAGCUGCUAAGGCUGCCAAAUAUGGAGUACCAGGAGGUGUACCUGGGGGAGUACCAGGAGGUGUACCUGGGGGAGUACCAGGAGGUGUACCUGGGGGAGUACCAGGAGGUGUACCUGGGGGAGUACCAGGAGGUGUACCUGGGGGAGUACCAGGAGGUGCACCGAUUGGAAGAGUUCCAGCCGUUGGUGGAUAUUCACCAGCAGCAAAAGCUGCUAAAUAUGGAACGGGAGGGCAAAUAGGCACAGGAGGGCAAAUAGGCACAGGAGGACAGCUAGGAACUGGAGGAGGAUAUUAUCCUGCAAGCAAAGCUGCCAAAUACGGGGGACAACUUGGAACUGGGCAACUUGGAACUGGGCAACUUGGAACUGGGCAACUUGGAACUGGGCAACUUGGAACUGGGCAACUUGGAACAGGGCAACUAGGAACAGGGCAACUAGGAACUGGAGGAGGAUAUUAUCCUGCAAGCAAAGCUGCUAAAUACGGAGGGCAACUAGGGACAGGAGGGCAACUAGGGACAGGAGGGCAACUAGGAACAGGAGGGCAACUUGGAACAGGAGGGCAAUUUGGAACAGGAGGAGCCUAUUAUCCUGCAAGCAAAGCUGCCAAAUACGGAGGGCAACUUGGAACAGGAGGGCAACUUGGAACAGGAGGGCAACUUGGAACAGGAGGGCAACUUGGAACAGGAGGAGCCUAUUAUCCUGCAAGCAAAGCUGCCAAAUACGGUCAAGGUGGUGGAGGGUUUAUUCCAGGUGUUCGUGGAGGUGGUGGAGGAGGAGGAGGUUUUUUACCAGGAUAUGGAUCUUUGGCAGCCAAACCUCCUAAAUAUGGAGUGCCAGGAGCAGGCCUAGGAGGAGGGGUUGUCCCAGGGGGAGCAGGACAGGUAGUCCCUGGUGGUGGAUUGGGUGGUUUUGGAGGUGGUGCUGGAGUCAAACCACCAAAGUAUGGAGUUCCUGGAGGAGCCGGAACAGGGCUAGGACCUGGAGGAGUACCUAUUGGAGGAUCAGGAGUUGCAGGUGGACCGUACUCCCCCGCCGCAAAAGCUGCUAAAUACGGAGUUGGCACUGGAGGUCUACCUGGAGGAUUUCCAGUUGGAGCAAAAGCACCAAAAUACAUAGUUCCAGGAGUGACUCCAUACACACCUGUCAGUUUUCCAAAUGGCUCUGUUGUACCUGGUCAAUUAGUUCCUGGAAAACCAGCAAAGGAUGUCAGUGGAACUCCUCAGCCAGAGCCCACUGAUAUUGCCACAACUGGCAAGACCCCAGAGGUCCCAGAUCCCAGUGUUUCUGGUGGAAUUCUUCAGCCUAGUCCUGGCACAGGUGUUGUUGGAACGGGAGUUGACGCUCCCGCUGGUGUUGACACUUCACGCCAAGUUCAACCUGGUCCUGGCGUUGGAACAGUUGGAAAAGCACCCAAACCAUUCAUACCAGGUACUGGCUAUCCUUAUGGAACACCUUAUGGAGUACCUUUAGGCACUGGACCCGGAACUGGACCCGGAACUGGGCCUGGAACUGGAACACUGCCUGGAGCGAAGCCUCUGAAACCUCCAGCUGUGGGUGGCGUUGGAGAGAGACCAGGAAUCCCACUGGCUGCAGGAGGUUAUCAAGGUGGAGUUGUGUAUCCUGGAGCUGCAGCUAAAGCCCCGAAACCAGGCUAUGGCAAUAUUGGAGGUGGUGGCGGAUACCAACAAGGUGUAGUUCCUGGUUACAGAGGAGGAUACCCCCAGCAGUACUACCAAGGAGCCGGAUUAAUGUUGAGACGCUAUUACCCAGGAUAUGUGCCAGCCCCGCUGACUCCUCAACAAGCCAAAGCAGCAAAGUACGGUGCUCUGCAGGGCUUCCUUGGUGGCGCAGGUGGAGGAGGAGGCGGAGGAUUCUAUAGAGGUGGCGUUGCAGGAUGCCAGGGCAAAUACUGUGGGAGGAGGAAGUAGAGGAUCUCUCGAGAUCCAGUGACCUCAAGAAACCAUGGUGCUACUGCAUGAUCGAGAAUGUACAUUUUAUAUGCAAAGCCCCAUUAGACAACCUGUAAAGAUGUUUGUUUUUACUUGACUUCAGUGUCUGUUUUUACACAAACCCACCGACCCAGAAUUUUGUACAUGUGACGUAUGUUAUUGACAGUGCCUUUAAUCAUUAACAAGUUCAAGUUAACCAGCUUUAAUUCUGUACCGCACCGGCCCACCAUGUGUCGCUGCGUCCGUGCACGCACGCCUGCACGUGGGUGUAUCGUUUGUUUGAAACUCUGUCUGUACCAUCGGCUGUCAAUGUGACCCACAAGUGAUUUCCCUUUCUGCUUUAAUCCUAAACUAAAUCAAGGUGAUCCGUCUCACUGGGCAGCACAGGGCUCGUCUGCUCCUCUCCAACCUGUCACAGGGGUGGGGUUGGUCAUAGCUAGGCCGAAAUCUGAUGAUAUCCAGCCAAUGUCAGUGCGGUUCCUGGCUCCCCAUUUUCUCUGCUGCCAUUUUUAGGCCUGCUGGGUAUAAAGCGGUGGUAACUGGGGCUCCAGCCAACCCAUCUGCUCUCAGCAACUUUGCUGAUUCUUGUUGCUGUGCAGUUCAGUUUUCUCAGCUUUUUUUGUGUUAAAUGUUGCCAAACACUUUCUGCUGAAGACAGUCAAAAAGCAGUGGGUUCAAAUAUCAAUCAGACACUGCUUGGUAUGUACGCGACGUGUAUGUGCGUGGUUGUUUCAUUAUGUGUCGUGUUUAAGUCGGCUUCAAAUGUUUAGUCUCAUUUACAUUUAUGUAACUGGUCAUUAUUCAAGAUUUGUUGCACCAUGAUUUGACUCAUAGCUUUUUUGUUAUCAGGAAUGUGUGAGCAUUAAAAAAAACAAUCCUUUGCUUUUGCAUUUAUUCACUGUUAUUAACUGUAAUACAGAUUAAUACUUUGUUUUAAUGGGAGUGCCGCUGUGUUUAUGUGAGGCACAAAAUCCCUGUUCUUUAUUUACUUGAGCUGCUUUAAAAAAACCAAAACCAAAGGCUUUACUGACCAAAGGUUCAUGAGCGCUGUUGCCAAGUGACCCCCAUCUCUUCCCGUAACUGUGUACUGUAUUUUGUACUAAUUUGAUGGCUUCAGUUCCUUCACUCGGUGCUGUGUAAGAACUGUCUUUGAGCCUCGCUGGGUCAGACCUUGUCUUAUGUGGCGUGGGAUACUCUUCAUCUUUAUUUAAAACUGUUUUUAUAAGGAGGAACAGUGUGGUUUUGCACUUUUUAUGUUUCCACGGCACACAUGUGACUUGUUCCCGGACAUCCCGGCAUUUUAUUUGCUUUAACAAAUAACAAAAUAAAAUGUGUUUAAAGAA